UCAUAUGACCGACGUUACGCCGAGCAUCAGACGUGCUGCCCUAGGCGUUGACUCGACGACUCCUCUGCACCGCGCCUCGUGAUCCCGUGCCCUCGCGGAGCCCCGCCGAGCAUCUUCAGGGAAGAGAACCGACCAGACGACACCAUGGCUCUCAGCGACGCGGACGUCCAGAAGCAGAUCAAGCAUAUGAUGGCCUUCAUAGAACAAGAGGCCAAUGAGAAGGCAGAGGAGAUAGAUGCCAAGGCGGAAGAAGAAUUUAAUAUUGAGAAGGGCCGCCUGGUACAGCAACAGCGCCUCAAGAUCAUGGAAUAUUACGAGAAAAAGGAGAAGCAAGUUGAGCUGCAAAAGAAGAUACAAUCCUCAAACAUGCUCAACCAAGCACGAUUGAAGGCUCUAAAAGUGCGUGAAGAUCAUGUACGCAAUGUCCUUGACGAGGCUAGAAAGAGAUUAGGUGAGGUAACCCAGAAUCCCGCGCAAUAUAGAGAAAUUCUUCAGCUGCUCAUCAUCCAGGGGCUUUAUCAACUAACGGAGCCAAGCAUUACUCUUCGUAUUCGUCAAGUCGAUAUACCUCUCGUGGAGUCCAUCAUCGACCACGUUCAGCAGGAGUAUAAGCAGAAAACUAAGAAGGAGGUUAUCUUUAAGAUCGAUACCGAUAAUUUCUUACCCUUCGAAAGCUGCGGAGGUGUGGAGCUAUUAGCAUCCAGAGGGCGCAUAAAAAUUAGCAAUACUCUGGAGACCAGAUUAGAGCUGAUAGCGCAACAGUUGAUACCCGAGAUCCGUUCCGCACUGUUCGGACACAAUACAAAUCGCAAAUUUAACGAUUAAGUUUUUCUCGACAAUUUAUUGACUCUCCAAAACAUUCCUUUUAACAGCAAAUUACUACCGCAUUAUCAUGUAUUAUAGAAUAAAAUUAGCACACGACACGCCUUUUGUCGAGACUCAUGUCUAAUAUUUUCAAUGAAAGUAACUGAUGAAUUGCCGUGCAAUAUUUAACGUUGAAAGAGUCGCAAGCAAACUGUACAUUGUUCUUCGCAAAUGCCCUUUUAUUCUGCCGUCUUUUGUUCUAUCCUCUAGCCUUCUGACAGAUGACAGAACCAUGAACAUAAAGUGUAUAGCGAUCAAAUACUUGAUAUACUAACAUAUUCGAUGUCAACUUAAAAUUGCCGUUAAAAUUGGUGUUCAUAAACGAGACAAAGUGUACUUUCUCAGGUUCGGGAUGUUAACGCGGAUGAAUUGUAUAAUUAACAAUUAAUGUUCUUGACUGCUUAUGUUAAAAAGAAUAGCCACUGCAAUUGAAUGUAGUACAGUCAAUAUAUUGUGCAGAAUCGUAAUAAACAAUAAUUAUUGGGAGCGCUUUAUAUGUAUAUAACGCACUUAUAUACCUAUAGAGCAUAUCAAUAUGUUAUGUACAUUAUGUAUAAUAUAAUAAUGUAUUACAAUAUAUAUAAAUAUAUGAUUCGUUGUUGUUGUAAAAAUACCUUUUGGAGGAAUUAAGUUCUAACACCAUAUUACAUAACGUUAUAUAAUACUGUUACUGUAAUUUAAGAUGGCAUGCAGCAAUUAACUCGAUUCGAACACGUAUUCUUGUAAGACUAAUAAGUAGUAACAAAUAUCACGCUCCCUAUUAUACAUAGAAACAAAGUUGCAGCACGAAUAAAGUAUUUUAAAAUCUGUUUAAA